AUGAUCUACGUCGGUGGAGUGCGAUUUCCAGAUGAGAAUAACUCUUCUUCAUCGCAGGGAAGCAGCUUGCUUCUUGAUGUAAUGAGUCAUCCUGAGAUCAUCUUAGCUUCCGAUUCUUUCAAGAAUCUCGAAGAACGAAAUAUUUCUUUCGUCGAAAGAGACUCAGAGAGCUCACAAAAAGACAGAUAUGUUUACAUAUUCCAAAGAGAAUAUGCUGUUGUGAAUCCAGCGUUUGUUGAUUUUGUUGGCACCGAUGAAUCAACAACUUGCGUAGGCCUUGUUAUCCGCAACAGAAGAUCUGGAUUCACCUCUAUUGCACACAUGGAUUCACCAAAAGUUGUGGACUUGGGGAUAAACCAGAUGUUGUCAUUGCUUUUAGAGGAUGACGUUGAUGCCGAGUUAGAUGUACAUAUGGUUGGUGGUUAUGAAGAUGUCGACAUAAAAAAUGGUGACUACACAGAACCAGAGGGUCACUCAUUUCCUCUGUGUUGCAAAUUAGUAGAAACUUUGCAGAAGAGAAGAGAAAACUUUCACAUCAAAACCAUGUUUAUUCUUGGGCACAAUACAAAGUUAGAUGCACAAGCUAACACGUGCCCCAUUUUUAAUGGAUGCCUGGUGAAUACCUCAACGGGAUCAGUUUCUCCAGCCAGUUUCAACAGAACUUCUAGAUGUCCCGAUGAGAUUGUUCGGCGAGUUCGAGUUUCAGCAUCAUUCGAAGAUUCUAGCUGGAAUGGGAAGUUAAUUGACACAUAUGACACAAAAACUGAUAGAUUCAUCAUCGCACCAUGCCGCUGGACAAUGCGGUUGAUUAGAAUUGUUUGGCAACUUAAUCAGCUUCCUGAUGAAGAAAUCCUCACUAAUUGUUCUACUUCACCUUCUGCUGAAGGUCCAGAUUUCAUAGACAAUGAAAGAAGGAUUUGGGACUAUUUACUGAAGUAUCCAGAGUGGAGCAAAACCUUCCCAAGGAGGCAACCACGUGUGUUUGAAAGGACUGUCAAUGGCCAAUGGAGCAAAUGUUGA